AUGCCUUACAGCCAUAAGCAUCCAAACCCCCGUGUUAUCGUCGUCGGCGCCGGAAUCGGCGGUCUGAUGAUGGGCCUCCUCCUCGGCAAGGCCGGCAUCACCUACCAGAUCUUUGAACGCUCCUCCAACGUCAAAGCCCUCGGCGCGUUGAUGUCGAUCAAUGCAAAUAUCCUACCGGUAUUUGAGCAGCUGGGUCUAUUGGAGGAAGUGCAAAACAUCUCGCUUCGGAACCAUGGGUCCUCUCUUUUCAACCGCAACAUGAAGGAGAUUGGAAAAGUUACUAUUCCAAAUUACCAGGAACUAACUGGCUACGACUUUCUAGUCUUCUCCCGCCCAGAACUCUACGACAUCCUCUUGCGCCAGAUCCCCAAAGACCGCAUUUCUUUCAACAAACGAAUCCUCUCCAUGCGAAAAUCCGCCGGCGGCACACGAAUCUACUGCUCUGACAACUCGAUCUACGAGGGCGACAUUGUGAUCGGUGCCGAUGGAGCCUACUCCUCGGUCCGGCAGAACAUGCACAAGAUGAUGAAGGCCGAUGAAGGUGUUGCGCCUGUGCAGGAUGUCAAGGAUAUGGCGGUGCCAUAUAUGUGUAUGGUUGGCACAACGGGCCCGAUGGAUACAGUGAAGUAUCCGCAGUUGUUGGAUCCGCUGAAUCAUUUGCAUCAUGUUGUUGGGACUGAUAUUCAUAGCUGGACGGUAAUCACGAUUCCAAAAAACCGCUUCUGUUGGAGUGUGAUGGUCCAAGUCAAGAACCAAGCCGAAGCCAAGGAACAACGGUUCCGCAACUCAGAGUGGGGACCCGAGGCCAACAACUCGCUGAUUGACGAGGUCAAAGAUUUCCCGAUUACGUUUGGAGGCACGUUGGGUGAUGUGAUUGAGGCGACGCCCAAGGAUCGGAUCUCGAAGGUCAUGCUGGAGGAGAAGUUGUUCGAAACCUGGCACUAUAGGAACGUGGUCCUCAUUGGCGAUGCCAACUGCCUCUACGACCUCAAGGACCUGUCACCCGAGAGCCUCACGGCUGCGUUUGAAGACUACAAGAGCCAGAGGUACAAAGAAGCCAAGAAGCAGGUCGCCUAUAGCAAGUUGAAUGCCAGGGUCUCUAGCGGCCAGACCUUUGUUGAAAAAAUUGUCCGCCACCUGGUCCUUAAUUUUAUCCCGACAUCGGUGAAAGCAAGGCAAUUCAGCAAGGCCGCUGCCUACAGGUAA